UCGGUCGGCACUCCUCGCACUCUUCUCCAAAACGCCAAAAUGUAAUGGAAACGACAUCGUUCUGAUCCUUUAUUUUUCCUCCUCCAUAUAUAAACAGUGAAAUAAAAGAAAAAUCAGCAACAGAGACGAGCGAAAUCCUGGAAACGAAGAUCACAUUCUUUUCACUCUGAUCCAAUCAAACGACACCAGUCUCUUUCGUUUUGCAUUUAAAUUUCUGGUUUUAACUCCAAUUUUUGCCGGCAAAUUCCAUCUGCAUUCACACGUUUCUUCCAUUAGUCAGCACUCACUCGCCGACUCGCUCACUGAGCUCGUCAUUGUCAGUCGCUCACCAAUGCUCUCCCGCUAGAUCUUAUCUCUAAUCCAACAGAGUUCUGUUUUGAUUUGGAGCAAUGGCGUUGAAGCGAGGAUUAUCAGGCUCUGGAAUUAACAGAAGCCGAGGCGGUGGAUCUCGAUUGCCGAUUGCUCUUGUUAUUUUCUUCUCCGUUUUGGCGCCGUUGAUUUUCUUUGUCGGUCGAGGUCUAUAUGCAAGUGAUUUAAACGAUGAAAAUAAUCUUCCAGUUGGUUACAACAAGCUGGAUUUGGAUUGGAGAGAGCGGCUAGCAUUGCAACACAUGAAAUCCCUUUUCUCGAAAGAGGUAAUUGACGUUGUCACAGCAGGCACAGCUGAUCUUGGACCUUUGAGUCUGGAUUCUUUCCGGAAAAACAAUUUGUCAGCUUCGUGGAAAGUUAUUGGGGUAGAAACAUCAGUCGACAACAGUGCUAUUUCUGAGCUAAACAACACAGCAACUCUUCUCAAGCAAGAAGCACCACCCAAGGGCAAAGGGAACAUCUUCUCGGAAGUUCAUUCUCAGUCCAUUGACACACCAGAUAAACAAGUUCGAAGGCAACUGAGAGAGAAAAGGCGUGAAAAGCGUGCAACUGACUUGAUGCGGCAAGAUAAUGAAGUGAUUUUAAAACUUGAGAAUGCAGCCAUUGAAAGAACGAAAUUGGUUGAUUCUGCUUAUCUGGGGAAGUACAGCAUAUGGAGGAAAGACAAUGAGAAUGAGAACCCUGAUGUAACUAUACGUUUAAUGCGAGAUCAAAUGAUAAUGGCAAGGGUAUAUAUCGGUAUAGCGAAGAUGAAAGAAAAACUUGACCUGCAUCAAGAAUUGCAGGCUCGGCUUAAAGAAAGUCAGCGUGUCGUGGGAGAGGCAACAGCUGAUGCUGAUCUGCAACGCAGUGCGUCUGACAAAGUAAAAGCUAUGGGCCAAGUUCUGGCAAAAGCAAGAGAGCAGCUGUUUGACUGCAAGUUGGUUACCGCAAAGCUUAGAGCAAUGCUUCAAACAGCAGAUGAGCAAGUUAGGAGCUUAAAAAAACAGAGCACUUUCCUAAGUCAAUUGGCUGCUAAAACUGUUCCGAAUGGAAUCCAUUGCUUGUCUAUGCGCCUAACAAUAGAUUACUAUCUCCUGUCUCCAGAGAAGAGAAAGUUCCCCAGAAGUGAGAAUCUGGAAGAUCCUAAUCUAUAUCAUUAUGCACUCUUCUCGGACAAUGUCUUGGCUGCAUCAGUUGUUGUCAACUCAACCAUCACGAAUGCAAAGGAUCCUUCUAAACAUGUAUUUCAUCUUGUUACUGAUAAACUCAACUUUGGAGCUAUGAACAUGUGGUUUUUAUUGAAUCCCCCGGGAAAGGCUGCAAUUCAUGUUGAGAAUGUUGACGACUUCAAGUGGCUUAAUGCAUCUUACUGUCCAGUUUUGAGGCAGCUAGAAUCUGCUGCAAUGAAAGAUUAUUACUUCAAGGCAAAUCAUCCAAACUCUCUUGCAUCUGGUUCUUCUAACCUGAAAUAUAGGAACCCAAAGUAUCUUUCAAUGCUUAAUCAUCUGAGGUUCUAUCUUCCGGAGGUAUAUCCAAAGUUAAAUAAGAUUCUGUUUCUUGAUGAUGAUAUUGUUGUUCAGAAAGAUUUAACUGGAUUAUGGUCAGUAAAUCUGAACGGAAAAGUGAACGGGGCAGUGGAAACUUGUGGUGAAAGCUUUCACAGGUUUGAUAAGUACCUAAAUUUUACAAAUCCCCAUAUCGCUAGAAACUUCAAACCCAAUGAUUGUGGGUGGGCAUAUGGGAUGAAUAUGUUUGAUCUCGUUGAAUGGAAGAAGAAGGAUAUAACUGGCAUUUAUCACAGGUGGCAAAAUAUGAAUGAAGAUAGGGUACUCUGGAAGCUGGGGACAUUGCCUCCUGGCCUGAUUACAUUUUAUGGUUUGACACAUCCACUUCAAAAGUCUUGGCAUGUGCUCGGAUUAGGUUACAACCCGAGCAUUGAUCGGAAAGAGAUUGACAGUGCAGCAGUAGUUCACUACAACGGCAACAUGAAGCCAUGGCUGGAGAUAGCAAUGACAAGAUAUCGGCCAUACUGGACCAAGUACAUCAAGUAUGAUCAUCCGUACCUUCGUACCUGCAACUUAAGUGAAUGAUCUUUGAUCAUAUCAUAUGCAACUAAACUAAGGUACAUUCUAAUGGUCUGCUUCUCUGUGUAUGCAAAUUUAAGGCCAGUUGAUUGAUUUAGCUGCACGAAGGAAUGCCGUUGAAUUUUCUGUGCUGCAUUCCUUCUAUAUCACACUGAUUGUUUAGUCUUCUUCUUUGUAAUUCGUUAUUUGUUCUCAAUUUUUCAUAUUAAUUCAAAAUAGGUGAUAGUUUGUAUGAAUUGCUGACCUGUAAAAAUCCAUAUGAUGCCGCUUUUUUUCUUGUUA